AUGGGCUUGUUAGCUGAAGGAACUCCCUUGAGUUGGGAAGAGACCAUUCAGUACAUUGACUACAUCAAGGUUAUCUUUCGAAAUUGUGGUUUUUCUUGAAGGAUUGUUUCAGAGGCACGGGAUCGCUCAAUUUGUCAAUUUAUAUCACAAGUUGAAGUUUCGAGAGCGUUCAGAAUUAAAAUGGGGCGAUGAGGUGGAGUACACCAUCGUCAAGUUUGAUGACGAAAAUAAAAAGGUUAGUUUUUAAAAAUUGGAAACACCUGAAACGAUAAUCUGAAGGUGCGAGUAUCCUGUCGUGCUUCACAACUUUUGAAAAAACUGAAAUCUGAGGAAGAAAGGAAUAAUUCGCUUGGGAGACCGAAUAAAUUCCUGUGGACUCCUGAAUUUGGCGCCUAUAUGAUUGAGGGCACUCCAGGCUCUCCUUAUGGGGGUUUUCUUUUCUGAAAAUUGGAAGUGUACUGAAAUUUGUUGUUUCAGGACUUUUGGAAUGUUUCAGCCAUGUUGAAGAGGAUAUGAAGUUGCGUAGGAAGGACAUUCAACGAUUAUUGAGAGAGGUUUGGGAAAAUUCGAGUUUUUUACUUGAAAUAAGUUUUUCUCAGUACAAUGUUCUUUAUCACACUAUUAAACUCAAUAAUUUAUUUUUAAAAGAUGUCGAAAUCGAAUUUUUAUUAAUAAUCCAUGUUCUAGAAUCUUUUGCGAUGAAGUGAAUCGUAGUAGAACUUUUUGAAACUUGAAGAAAAAAAUUUAUCCAAAAAGCCUUUUAUAUAAUAGUAUAGUUUAUUUGGGUGUAUUUGGCACAUAGAAUUACUUUUUGAUAAAAAAAUAUAGAAAAAAAGUGUAUUUUUUUGAGAAGAUAUCGCAUGAUGAUUGAAUUGAGCCGUUUUUUUACUGAAAUUCAAAUGAAAUUUUGUCACAAAAGCCUUUUUUUUCUGAUAUAUUUCAUUUUCAGCAAAAAAUUGAUUUUCAAGGUUUUUUUAGUCAAAAAAAUGCUUGGAGAAAAUUCUUGAAAAUGAUAUUUUCAGUGAAAAUCUUUUUAGUUUAACACUCGACUUUCAGUUUUAAUAUUCAUUUUUUUCAGGACGAGUCGAUUCUCUCAAUGUCCUUCCCAUCAUUUGGCGUCCGUGAUUUCACCUCACCACCUUCCAAAAUUACCCCAGAAAAUAGGUCUUUUGGGAGUAUUUUCUGGCCCGACGAAGCCAUUUGCUCAAGCCAUCUACGGUAAUGAAAAAAACUUUGUUCGCAUUUGGAAUGGCUCAAGUCAGAAAUUUUGAAAAAAGGGUUGAAAAUCACUGAAAAACAACGAUUUUUAAGCUUUUAUUGUUCUCAAAAAAGCAGUUUUUUGGGGUCUCAAGGCUUUUUUUGAACUCGAAAGACUUGAUAAGUGUUAUUUUAAUGUCUUAUUUGUUAUAAAUAAUCUUAGGUUGAUAGAAAAUAAUUAUUUUCGCUAAAAACGAUUUAAGCGGGAAGCCAUUCCAAAUGCGACCAAAUUUUGCAUAGAAUUGACUAAUUUUGGAAUUUUUAGGUUCAAAAACCUGCUCAAAAAUAGUGUGGACCGUCGCGGGAGCAAAAUUUUCAUGAAUGUUCCGAUUUUCAAGGAUUCCAAUACACCUGAUCCUUACGUUGUUAGUCGGUUUUUUUGGCUUCAAAUUGAAAAAAAAAGUUUUUUUCUUGUUUUUUAACGAAGAAAUUGACGAAAAAGACGCUUUUUUAUGAAAAAAUUAUUUUUGAAAGUUGAUUUUUCUUGUUAAAUUUGAGAAAAAAAUUGUUAAUUUGAGCCGUUUUACCGAUUAAAAAUUGAUUCAAAAAUAUCGUUUUUCUUUGUAAAAUCAAAAAAAAAUGCAAGUUCUUCUUCAGGAAGACUUUUCAAAGUUUGGCGAUUCACAGGAUUACCAGGAUGCCAAGCCGGAUCAUAUUUAUUUGGACCAUAUGGGCUUCGGAAUGGGAUGUUGUUGUUUGCAGGUACCUUUUUAAAAGGAGAAAUAGGAAUUUUAGGCUUAAAAAAUGAAUAAAUCCAUUCCAAAUGCGACCAAGUUGUUCAUAGGAUAUUGAUUUUUAAAUUUUCAGGCUCAAAAUUUUGAUAAAGGGGUCUUUCAAGUGCAACUAAGGUUCUUAGGAACUCCAGAGUGGUCCCUAGAGGGGCAGCCUUGAAAACCACUUUACCAACCCCUAUAGGGGACACUAAGGCUUGCAAAAGUGGCCCCUAUAGGGGACAUGUUAAUCGAUAAUUAAUAUGUACUCAUUGCGAAGAAACAUUUCUAUGCGAAAAAUGAAGUUGAAAAACCCCUAUAGGGACCACUUGAGCUUUAGGGGCUAUGGGGUCAGACCCUAAGCCCCUACAGGGACCACCUCAAUUCUAACUCUGAAGGGACCACUUUUUCGGCAUCUAUAUGGGAUUGUUUUUCACCCUAACCCCUAUAGGGACCACUCUGGAAUCCCUAAGUAAGUAAUCCUAAUUUUUCCUGGGAGGUUAGAAGUUGAGAGCCCCUAUAGGGACCACUUGAGCUUUAAGGGCUAAGGGGUCAGACUCUAAACCUCUACAGGGACCGUUGAAAGACACCUAUAGGAGUUGAAAGACCCCUAUAGGGUCCGCUUGAGCUUUAAGAGGUUAGGGGUCAGAUCCUAAACCCCUACAGGGACCACCUUAACCAUAUAGGAGCAUUUUUUUUCACCCUAACCUCUAUAAGGAUCACUCUGAAAUUCCUAAGCAAGUAACUCUAAUUUUUCCUGGGAGGAUCCUAAAACCCUAUAGGGGCCACCUCGAUUUUAACCCUAAAGCGAUUGCUUUUUCGGCUCCUAUAGGGGUUGUUUUCACUUUAAUCCUUAUAGAGACUGCUCUUUCCCCCUGAUCCCUAUAGGGACUACAGGUAUUCCUGAGUGGAAAAAGGUUUUAUGUAACUUAAAUCUGUCAGUUACACCUUUCAAUUUUACUAUUCCAAAAUUCAUAGGUAACUUUCCAAACGGUAAACGUUGGAGAAGCCCGUUGGCUCUACGACCAACUCACUCCGAUCACUCCGGUUCUGCUGGCCCUUUCCGCGGCGACCCCCAUUUUCCGCUCAAAAUUGUCCGAAGUCGACACUCGAUGGGGCAUUUCCAGUGCGGUGAUUUGGAACAAUCAGAAAAAUAUCCUAAACCAGGUUAUAUUUUCAGAGUUGCGACGAUCGAACCGAAGAGGAACGGGGCCUGAAACCGCUGGAAAACGAGGAUUUUGUCAUCGAGAAAAGUGUGAGGAUUUUUUUCCUUGUACGUUCCUGGCAGUGAUGGGUUUGUACAGAAAAAAAGGGGGAAAACAACGAUUUUUUUGAUCAAAAAAAUUAGAUAACUUUGGGAGAAAAAAAGUUUUGAAUUUUAAAAAAUGGCAAUUUAUUUCCGUUUUUCCGCGCUCAUUUUCUGAUUUUUUUCUGAUUUUUUUGUACCUUAAUUCAAAUAAAUUUAUAAUUUUUUUCAUCACCUAAUAGUCAAAGUUUCGCAGUCUUUUUCAAUGCCUUUUAGAAAAUUUCGCUUUUUUUCCGUCUAAAUCUGAAUCACGCGUAAGUCGGUUUUAGUCGGAUGCAGUUUGCACGGCAUUCCUAAUGAGGUGUGAGAAACGUCAAAGUUUCUGAAUUUACAAAAAAAAAGUGCGCGCUCCGGAUAAAAUUACGUCAUUCUACGUCACAAAUUAAACUGAGUAUCUAACGUUGAUAACUUGCUUGGCUGCGUACUUGAGAUUUAAAUUUUCGCGCCAAUUUUUUUUUUGACGUCUCCUCUCAUCGUUUGGGAACACGUUGGUUUGUCCACCUUCGUAAAUUCAAAAUCUGAAUUUUUCUCGAAAGUUAGAUUAUGGUUUGAUGAGUCAGUUAGAAAAAGUCGGCCGCUUUUUGAAGGCGAGAGAGCGUGAGAACGUGAAGAGACGCAGAGAAAUGCUCUAGCCGUUUUUCACGUUCCCAAGCGCAUCAAAUUUUGAGACGUAGCGAAUGGGUUUUUUGUGAAAUUUUUCCAAUUUCGGGAAGUUCUUCUUUCGAAUUUUAACAUUUUGAGGACCAAGGCUUAGUUCUUUUCUUAUUUUUUUUUCGGUCUUAAGACGAAAAAAGGAAACUAUUUAGACUUACAAAGUCUACUCGCCUUGAUUCGUAAAGCUGUUGCUUUUUCUAGGAAGAGGAAUUUUUUCACUGAAAAGGAAGGUGAUUUACGUUACACUUUAAAAUUUCCUGAAAAUUUUUCCAAACACUCAGUGGCUCUACAUAACUGCGUAAAUACCAGAUUUCCGGAAAAAAAAACGGAAAAUUAGAGAAAACUAAUUGUCAAAAGGGUGUUGAAUGAGUGUUUUUGAGAAUUUGAGCCUCAAUUUUGCUGGAAACUAGGAAAUCAGGCCGUUUCUAACAUUUUUGUCAUGCAAACUUACUGACCACUUUAGAGUUUAGUGGCCGCUUUAGAGUUUUGACGUUUUAGUAGCCACUUGAGGGCCUAAAGUUAGUGGCCUUUCUAGAAGUCGGAGUGGUACUACUGGGCCACUAGUGGCUUCCAUAGAGGUGGUUUUAGUGGCCACUAUAGUAGUCGAAUUAGUGGCCACUUGAGGGCCUAAAGUUCGUGGCCUGUCUAGAAGUUUGAUUGAUACUACUGGGCCACUGAAAGGUACUAUAAUGAUCACUGGCGGCUUCUAUAGAGGUGGUUUUAGUGGCCUCUAUAGUAGUCAAGUUAGGGACCACUAUAGUAGUCAAAUUAAUGGCCACUUGAGGGCCUAAAGUUAGUGGCCUUUCUAGAAGUCGGAGUGGUACUACUGGGCCACUAGUGGCUUCUAUAGAGGUGGUUUUAGUGGCCACUAUAGUAGUCCGGCUAGGGACCACUAUAGUAGUCAAAUUAGUGGACACUUGAGGGGCAAAAAAUUAGUGGCCUGUCUAGAAGUUUGAGUGGUACUACUGGCCAACAAGUGGCUUCUAUAGAGGUGGUUUCAGUGGCCACUAUAGUAGUCCAGUUAGGGACCACUUGAGGGGCUGAAAAUUAGUGGCCUGUCUAAAAGUCGGAGUGGUACUACUGGGGGACUAGUGGCUUCUAUAGAGUUGGUUUUAGUGGCCACUGUAGUUGUCAAAUGAGUUGCCACUUGAGGGGCUAAACAUUUGUGGCCUGUCUAGAAGUUCGUGUGGUACUACUGGGCCACUAGUGGCUUCUAUAGAGGUGGUUUUGGUGGCCACUAUAGUAGUACAGUUAGGGACCACUUGAGGGGCUGAAAAUUAGUGGCCUGUCUAGAAGUCGGAGUGGUAUGUAUGCAGAUAAAGUAAGAUGACUACUGAAAAAUCCGGGGUUUCCAGAGAUACGACAGCACGAAUUGCUACAUUGACCCAUCCUCCGUCGCUUACAACGAUAUCCCCCUUCAAUACGACGAAAAUCUCUACCAGACUCUAAUCAAGGGCGAUAUCGAUGAGCCGAUGGCCAAGCACAUUGCUCAUUUGUUCAUCCGGGACCCUCUUCAAGUUGGAUUAUUUUUAAGGGUUUGAAAAAUUCCCGGCUCAGGUCUACUUUGAACGGAUCGAGCAGGACGACGCGAUCGACACGGAACAUUUCGAGACGAUCCAAUCGAGUAAUUGGAUGAACAUGAGGUUCAAACCGCCGCCCGUUGAUGAUCCGAAAAUCGGCUGGAGAGUCGAAUUUAGACCCACUGAGGUGUAUUUUUGAGCUAGAUAUGGUAUAGCUGAUUUAUGGCUGGCUUGAGCCAAUUAAAAAAAAAGAUCCUGACAGAAAAGAGAUAGAGCCUGGUUUGGGGAGAGCGCAGACACGCCACGGCCAGUUAGCCAUGAAUCGGCUGAAAAUAUUCAAGGAAAAAAUAGCCGAGGUCGAAAAAGUUUGUCAUGCUGGGCUGGCGGGUGCACCCGUAUUAGACCCGUGUUUCUCGGCGGGCGCACCCGUAUUAGACCCGUGUUUCUCGGCGGGUGUACCCGUAUUAGACCCGUGUUUUCCAGCGGACGAACCCGUAUUAGACCCGUGUUUCUCGGCGGGUUUACCCGUCUUAAAUCCGUGAUUUUUGGUGCUCCUUUAGUAUAACUGGGGCUAAAACGGGCGGAAAACGGGUGCAAGACCCAGAUGUGCCCGUUUCGGGCUCGUGAUAAAUAUUCUUCAAGAAAUUUAUCUUUUCACCCAUUUUUCGGACUUCAGAGUACUCUUGAAACGAAAAAAAAAGAAGCUUUGAACUCGAAAAAAAAAAAAGUUUGCAUUCAAUAAUGUCAGUGGAGCGCACUUCAACCUAGUCGAGCGGCUAUUUUUUCCCAUCUUUUUUUUCUCCCUUUUAUAAACUGGAGUCUAGGAAAAAAGUCGAAUUUUUAGGUUCAAUUGACGGAUUUUGAAAACGCGGCCUACUGUUGCUUCAUCGUACUCUUGACCAGGUCGAGUAACCGAUUUUUCGAUUUUUAUGACUUGGCUCAAAGCGUUGCGGUUGAAGUUCAAAAUAGUUGCGCCCGACUUUAAGCGACUUUCUUAGCUGUAUGAUGAAGGAUGAGACCGCGCGCGAGUCCUUUUUUGUCGGGUGAGAUUCAAAAAAACCGCGACCGGGCCAUUCUAAAAAAAUGCGUUGUUAUUUUUGGUUUUUACAGAGUUCUCAUCGCUUUCCGGACGAAUUAUCUGAUCCCAAUCUCGCAAGUAACGGAAAAUAUGAAGCGGGCUCAGAUUAGAGACGCCGUCAGAUCACAGAAAUUCUUCUUUAGGUUGAAUAAAAUUAAAAUUUACAAAAAAAUAUCAAGGUUUUUUCUUUAGAAAGAAUGUGAUGGAGUCUGAAGAAACCAAUGGUAAAGCUGAAAGUGGCCCCUUAAAUGACGCGGAAAUAGAGGAGAUGACGGUGGAUGAGAUUGUCAAUGGUGAUUGGAUUUGUAUUCAGAAAAAAUAGUUGAUUUUAGGGGGGUAUGAAAACAAGAUUAGCGAAAUUUGCGUUGGCGAACUUAUCGAAGACCGCAAAAUUGCGGGCGGUGUAUGCCACCGUGUAUGCAUACUGUUUGCGCAAAAAUCAAUAAACACCUUUCCGACGGAACUUUUUCCGACUUUUUUUUUUGCCUUUUUUUCAAAUUUUUGGAUUUCGUCACUCAUUUUUUUGUUUUUCUGUUAUUUUAUCUUUUCCAUCGCAUUAUGAUCCUUGUAUCGGGAAAAAAACCUCAAUUUUUUUGUUUGAAGUAAAAAAAUUUUUUUUCGGAAUAAUUUUUCGUCGUGAUGGCUGUUGGAACAUUGUUUAUAACAGUUUUUUCUGCGUUUCAAUUACAGAAUGAGUGAAGAAGAAAGAGCUAUGAGAGAAACAUUGGAUGACAUGCUUGAUUACUUGAGUGACGCUGAUUCCUACAAAUCUGUAAGUUAUUGUUUUCGUUUCGGGCAACACCAAAAUUUCCUAUAUCUUUCACAUCCUUCUCGUGUCAUUUCUUAUUUUUCCAAUUUCUUGUUUUAUUUCAUUUUCUUUCACCAUAGUCCAUAAAUUUGUUGUUGCCAAAUCUUUUUUUUUCAUUGACAUCGUUUCCUAUCGGAUAAAUAUAUUGUUAUCGAGAAAAAUUAGGAACAAUGCGUACCAGAGGAUCAUAAUGCGAUGGAAAAGAUGAAAUAACAGAAAAAAACCAAAAAAAAUGAGUGACGAAAUCCAAAAAUUUGAAAAAAGAGGCAAAAAAAAAGUCGGAAAAGGUUCCGUCGGAAAGGUGUUUAUUGAUUUUUGCGCAAACAGUAUGCAUACACGGUGGCAUACACCGCCCGCGAUUUCGCGGUCUUCGAUAAGUUCGUCAACGCAAAUUUCGCUAAUCUUGUUUUCAUACCCCCGAUUUUUGUGGAUUUUUUAUGACCCUAUAGCUCUACAAACUUGAAAAAUAGGUUGAUGAGAUUGAAAUUCCAGGAAAGGAAGACGGUUUCCCGGGCUUGAUGAGCUUUAUUCGAAAAUAUCUCGAUUCGGCGGAUUUGGAAGUUGAGACGCUUUCCACCAUCAAUCAAUACUUGGAAUUGAUAUCGGUAAAAUAAUGAAUAAAUUGUUGCCAGCGUCAUAUGUUCUCACAGGAAUUUUUCCGGCUUUUCUAGUUUUUUUCAUUUUUUUUUGUGUUGCCAAUUUUUUAACUUCAAUGAACAGGCGAUACAAAAAGAAAAAAUUAUUGAACUUUGAUUUUUAACAUAUUUUUCAUCAUGGUCAUCAAAUGUUAGAUGUCCAACUUGAGGUGCUACGAAAAGAAAGAAUUUUUCAUUUUCGAUGGGUACUGUAGGUGAAAGUCCGCAAUCUGAGCUGUUCUCUUGGUGUGUAUACACUUUUGUUGCAUGACGUCUCGGGCGGAAAACAGCAGACCCUCAGAGAGUGUGUAGAUUGAGGAGAGUACGAGUCUGGUCUCUCCAAGUUUACCGUGCUCUCUAAACUGAUGCACGCGCUGUCUUAGGAAUUCCAGAGUGAUCCCUAUAGGGGCAUCCUUAGGGCCCAUGGGAAGGUUUCCUAUAGGGGCCACUAAAGCUUGCAAAAAUGGUCACUUUGGGGAUCACUUUUUCGGCCCUAAGAGGGGCUGUUUUUCUCCCUAACCCCUAUAGGGACCACUUGAAGAUUCCUAAGGCUGUUCAUUUUUUUUUCAUCCCGCAACAGUAGUGCAAACACGCCAAUUGAACAACUCGGAAUGCGGACUUUUACAUACAGUAGCCUUUGGAAAUAAAAAACCAAACCUGAAAAAUUCAUAUCGAUGUAAUUUAAAAGGUUAUGCAUUUGCACCAUUUUGAACAGAGAAUAUUCGAAUAAAUGAAUAUUUUAAGCUUUUUCCGUGAAUUUAGAAGCGAGCAAGCGGGGAAAUCCCAACGCUGGCUCAUUGGAUGCGGGAUUUUGUGAUGGACCACCCGAAUUAUAAGCACGACAGUGAAGUCAGCGACGAAAUCGUCUACGAUUUGUUGAAAAAGGUGGUUUAUUUCGAAUAACUGUAGCAAAAAAAUGUAUUUUUUGUGUUUCUUUGGGGUUUUGCUUUGAGGACUUACUUCACAAAAGUGAAAAAAGACCAUGAAAUUCCCGAAAAAGAGUGAUUAAAUGGGACGAAAACAGGUUCCCUUUCUGGAAAAAGGCUUCUUGCAUAGUAAUUUUCAAAGAAGUCCGUUUUUUUUCCUCAAAAAAACCUGGCCUUUGACUAGUUUUGGGUGAAGAUUGAAUUUUUGGCUUUCUAUCAUUUUUCAAUUAUUUUUUUUAGAUGGACUCAAUUUCCAAUGGUGAGGAACAUUGUGAGAAGCUUCUGGGUCCUUUCCACCCGAAAAGUCUUUCGGAUCUUUAA